AUGCAAACAUGUGGUUUGCAAGGACGUGGUUUAUUGGAGCAAAUUUUAAGACAAAGUGCAUUAUAUCUACAGAUAAGUAAAACCUGCGAUUUCCCGAACCCAGUCAAUCAGGUCAAUUGGAAUUCUCAGUUUAUGCCAUCUCUUGAGGCAAUAAAAACACUCACUUGCGAGGAGUUAAAAACACCCGCAUCUCACCAGUUACAACAAGUCAUUCUCCAAAGCUUUAAAUCAACUAGAUGGCUGACUUCUGAGCAACCUCCUCAAUUAACUUUUCAAUUAAUGACUAGUCAGCAGAACGACAGAUACAGUGAUUGUCCUAAUAUAGAAUUGUGGUCUUUCGGCUUUGAUUCGUUACAUGAUGUUGUUUCACUUCAUCUCAUGAAAUGCGUCUUCAGUACUUCGCACUCCAAUACUUCAGUUCGAGUACGAAUUGAGAGUAAAUGCAAGGACUUCUUCAGUGGACAUAACAAAGCAGGAAUUUGUCGAGGUGGCGAGUUUGUUGGCCUGCGGAAUCUGUUAAUUAUUCGACGUUUACAAAUUUACUUUUCAGGCCACGAAGAUUACAAAGGUGGUUAA